CUAACACCAAGAAAAAUUGACUUCCUUCUCUCCAGAACAGACUCCCCUGGUCUCUCCUCUUGAAGCUGAUUCAAAGGUAUGACCGGGCUGGGCUUUUAAUUAUUACUGAUGACCUGAAAACAUCUGAAGGGGAAAGUUAGCUCCUAUGAGACGUUGAUACUCUUCUUAUUGCUAUUCGUAAAUUGCCCCAGAUUGGGGAUUACUUCUGCUUUGCAGAAAUUAUCUGCUUGCAUCCAAAUUUAGAACCAUCUCUGGCAAAACUUCAGAAAAAGAUAUGCUUUUUUCUUAGACGGAUGUCAAAGGCUGCGGCAGGACCCAGUGAAGACGCUGCAGGGGUGGCAUGAGGCUCUGGGAGCAACGGCUCCAACACAGGGACAGCCUCUUGGGGCUUCCUCGUCCUCAGGAGGGUGACACCAUUAAAAAGGAAAAGAAAGAGCCGCAAGCAACACGGUUGCCAAUGAAAUAGGAGCAGGAGCACUUUCAAGAACGUGGGUUUGCUGGGGACUCUGAGCUCAUCCACAGGACCCGGGGGCUUGGUCAUGGAAUGAAGACACUUAACCUUGGCUCUAGGAAACAGAGAACAAUGGCCCAAGGAGUCAAUCUGAAUUCCCUCCAGGAAUUAGAACGUGAAGUGAUUCUCCAGGUCCUGUACCGAGACCAGGUGAUUCAAAAUAUCGAGGACGAAAGGAUACGGAAACUGAAGACGCGCCUGCAGCAUCUCCGGUGGAGAGGCAGGAAGAACACGAGCCAGGAGAACAAAGAGAAAUCGUGUGCCCGCUGCCAGCGGGUGCUGGGGCUGCUGCUGAACCGGGGGACCGCGUGCCAGGGCUGCAGCUACCGCGUGUGCUCUGAGUGCCGCGUGUUCCUGCGGGGGACCCACGUGUGGAGGUGCACCGGGUGCUACGAGGACAGAAAUGUGAAAAUAAAAACUGGAGAAUGGUUCUUUGAGGAACGAGCCAAGAAAUUUCCAACUGAAGGCAAACAUGACACAGCUGGAGCAAAGCUUUUGCAAUCUUAUCAAAAAUUGAGCAAAAUUUCUGUGGUCCCUCCUACUCCACCUCCUCUCAGUGAAAGCUGGUGCAGCGGCAGCCCUCGCAGGGUAAUGUGUUCUGUGGGCCUCCCCAGGAAGGGGAUGGGGGAGAAGGAGAGGAAGAGAGGGGAUCUGGGGGGUUGGGCCGAGACCCUCAUUGCAAAGAGACCCAGCUGUGGCUGGAGCGGGUCAUGA